AUGAUGGAGGUUAACUCGGAAGCGGCUACCCACUUCUGCAAGUUCACCAAUUCCAUCAACAUCAUCGACCGCUUCUUCUGCUCUGCCACAGGCUGGAUGAUGUGUCAGCUCAUGACCGAGGUCAACACGGUGGACACGCCAGAGCACCUGAGCUCCCAGGGCAUCUCUGAUCAUGCUGCUCUUUCGAUUCGGCUGCGACUUCGUGGUGCGCGUCCUGCCUCUGAGCGGCCCAUACCCAAGCACAUCUUCACCUCUGUUGCCUUUCAGCGCCGACUCCGAGGAAUGGUUGCUGAUAGUGAUGAGGAUCUGCUCCGAUGGAGCCCACCUGUGGCCACAGAGCACUACAAGUACAUGAUGAAGGAGGCCGCCAGGGAGGCCCGCAACAUCCUCUUCUAUUCGGCCCCUGACUUGCCUGGGACGCUGCAACUGGUUGCUCGUGGGAUAGCGCGAGCUGUGUGGCGUCAAGACGCUGCCCUCGCCCUCAAGCUCAUCGAGACCUCCCAGCACGCCGCCGACGCCCUGACGGUCGACGGCCAGGUCGUCUCGCUGCGCCACGCCCCGUCCUUCGAGCAGUGGGCUGCUGGAGUACAUCGGCUGGUUCGGGAGCGCACUGCGGCCCUGGCGACCUACUGGACCCCUGUCUUCUCCAAGAAAGAGCCCCACCCUGUCAUGACCCAGAAGUACCUCGAUAGGUUCCUCACCAAGGCCUCCGACAUCGACCUGCACUGUCCUCUGACCUCAAUGUUUCGGAAGGUUCUCCGGCGCGCCCGUCACUCUGCUCCUGGUGUCGACGGGCUGCCCUACGCGGCCUGGUCGGCGUGCGACUAUGGCGCCCAGCACCUGGCCAGAAUGUUCGGGUGGCUAUGCCAAGGUCAGUCGUUGUUCGCCUCCGCCAGCGUCACCCUCCAGGCGUUUCUCCCCAAAG